UUUUCAGAUGUGAUCGACUCUAACCAAUAGACGUGGAGCACGCGCUCUUAAAAGCUGUUUGUCAAGCUGCAGUGCCAUUAUUUCUUUAUUCUUUUAUAGAGAUAAACAAUUCGAAAUCUUCAAAAUGAGUGGAAGAGGCAAAACUGGUGGUAAAGCCAGAGCAAAGGCUAAGACUCGCUCAUCCAGAGCAGGACUUCAGUUUCCCGUCGGCCGUGUGCACAGGCUUCUCCGUAAAGGAAACUAUGCUGAGCGCGUUGGUGCUGGUGCUCCCGUUUAUCUGGCAGCUGUGCUCGAGUAUCUCACCGCCGAGAUCUUGGAGUUGGCUGGAAACGCCGCAAGGGACAACAAGAAGACCCGUAUCAUCCCCCGUCACCUGCAGCUGGCGGUGCGCAACGACGAGGAGUUGAACAAACUUCUGGGCAAAGUGACCAUCGCUCAGGGCGGUGUGUUGCCCAACAUUCAGGCUGUAUUGUUGCCUAAGAAAACCGAGAAGCCCGCCAAGACCAAGUAAAUCAACACCGUUUGAUUAGUAAAAACUCCCAAAGGCUCUUUUAAGAGCCACCCACUCUCUCCUUAAAAGGCGGAUUUACAGACCAGUGGAAUCACGAUUUUAUGAAAUGUG